UAAAGGGAGAACGAGGCAGCCCUUCUUAACAAGAGAAGUUAGGGUCGCUCUCUUGUGAUGCAGUGAUAGUGUGCCUACUCUUGGACUGAGAGGCUUGAGUUCAAUUUCCACCUGUAGCAGGGGAGCGUAAUAACAUCUCUGAACAGGUUAAUUAGGAAAAACAAGGGAAGUCAGGAACCUAAUGAAAACAAAAGAAAAUGCGUGCAAUAUGGUGAAGAUCAGUCAGAAACCAGAAGAGUUUAAACGCCAGCAGAGGACGACUUAAAAAAAGGGAAAUGAAAUAUGAGAAUAAGCUAGCUACUUACACAACUGAACAACACAAAAGAGAUUUUUCGGUAUACGAAGAGAAUGAACACGCAUUGGCGCCGAUGAACUGCAGCAAAAACCGGAAGACUGCCCAUGUAACAGCUCGCUUUGAGGCCCGGGUGAUUGAUGUCAGCGCGGAACCAAUAGGAGGACGGGGCGGUCUGGAAGACGGGGCUGCCGUCUUGCAACCAAUCGGAGUGAACUAGAAUAAGUCACGUGAUCAUCUGCGCGUUGCGGUGUGGCUGAGGUUUGGUUGCCUGCAGAACAGGUACCAGCGAGCAUUGCCAAAAUCCUUGAUGCCUGUGGAGAAGAUGAUGAGGACAUUAAUGGCUGGGCCAGCAUUCAUUACUCAUUGUUAAUUGCUCAGAGGGCAGUUGAGAGUUGAGAGUCACAUUGCUGUGAGUUUGGAAUCACAUGUAGGCCAGACCAGGUUGUUUUGCAAUGAGGGAUUUCAAAUGAAACCACAUCCAGAUCUGACAGUCACUCUUUAUCAUACCCUCACUAUCUCAGGAUUUUGAACAUUGAAGGAAAAAGCACCGUUCACACUGGGGAGAAGCACAUAUCGUCGUUGUGUGUGCAAGAGUCUGUGAAGAUUCAUCUGACAUGUCCAAACGCCAGCGCAGUCACAGGAAGGAGAGACUGUGGAAAUGUGGUGACUGUGGGAUGGGAUGUCUUUACCCAUCCCACCUGGAAAUGCACCAACGCAGUCACACUGGGGAGAAGCCAUUCAUCUGCUCUGAUUGUGGGAUGGGAUUCACUCGGUCAUCCAACCUGCAGACACACCAGCGAGUUCACACUGGGGAGAGACCAUUCUCCUGCUCCCUGUGUGGUAUGGGAUUCACUCGGUCAUCCAACCUGCGGAUCCAUCAGCGAAUUCACACUGGGGAGAAACCAUUUACCUGCUCCCAGUGUGGGAUGGGAUUCACUCAGUCAUCCCACCUGCGGUCCCACCAGUGGAUUCACACCGGGGAGAGACCAUUCACCUGCUCUGCUUGUGGGAAGGGAUUUGCCCUGUCAUCCAGCCUACUGAGACAUCAGCAAGUUCAUUCUAGGGGGAGACUGUUCACUUGCUCCCAGUGUGGGAUGAGAUUCACUCAGUCAUCCAGCCUGCAGAUUCACCAAUGCAGUCACACUGGGGAGAAACAGUUUGCUUGUUCCGAUUGUGAGAAGGGAUUCACUUUGUCACCCAACUUGCGGAAACACCAGCAAGUUCACACUGAGAGACCAUUUACCUGUUCUGAAUGUGGGAAAGGAUUCACUCAGUCAUCCAGCCUGCGGAAACACCAGCGAGUUCACACUGGGGAGAAAUUAUUCACUUGCUCUGUGUGUGGAAAGGGAUUCAUUCAGUCAUCCAGCCUACGGAAACACCAGCGAGUUCACGCUGAGGAGAGACCAUUCACCUGUUCUGAAUGUGGGAAAGGAUUCGUGCAGUCAUCCAGCCUGCUGAUCCACCAGCGAGUCCACACGGGGGAGAGACCAUUCACCUGCUCCCAGUGUGGGAUGGGAUUCACUCAGUCAUCCAGCCUGCAAAUACACCAGCGAGUUCACACUGGAGAGAAACCAUUCACUUGCUCCCUGUGUGGGAGAGGGUUCAGUCGGUCAUCAAACCUCCGGAGACACCAGCGAGUUCACACUGGGGAGAAACCAUUCACCUGCUCCGAUUGUGGGAAGGGAUUUAACCAGUCAUCCCACCUGCUGAAACACCAGCGAGUUCACACUGGGGAGUAGCAUUCACUCAGUCAACUCACCUGCUGAUGCACCAGCAUGUUCAGUCUGGGGAGAGACCAUUCACUUGUUCCGUAAGUGGGAAGGGAUUCACUCUGCAAUCCAAACUGCUAACACAGCAGUGAAAUGACACUAGGUGCAUCUCCUGCUCUGUUGUGUAAAAGGAUUUGCUAUUUGCAAAUACACCAGAAAAUUCACGAAGAACCACAGGUGAAGGGUUCUGCUUUUACUUACAACAAGCAAUGAACCAUCAUCAUUGGACCGUUUGUAUUGAUAUUAUUAAAACCCUGCUCUAUUUAAAGUUCUGGUAUUGUCAGUAAAAUGUUGAUACAAUUAUGUAUCUGUAUGGUAAGUUUUGAAAAUGAUCACAGUAUCGCUGUACAUCAACACAUUUAUACUGGAUAAAGACUGUCCACCUGCAUAUUGUUUGUAAAGUGAGUUAGUGGUUCAUCAAGACUGCUUAAACAGCAAUGAGUUCCCCAGUAACUGUCAGUGUUGGGUUUUGAUGAUGUUGUCUGUAUCCAAACACCAUUUUCUGGACCUGUUUCUGAUGAUGUUUGUAAACGCCACUGGUUCAUUGACUUAUUUGGGAUAAAGAUAUACAAAUCAGCUUUUCAUUAAAACUACAUUGCAUCA